AUGGGUCGCGAACUCCAGAAAAAGAAAAGAAAGUCAUCUAUACCCAAGAAGCGACAAAAUCCGCCAUCGAAAAAGAAGAUCCUCUCGAAUCCAAUCAUUGCGGCGAACUGGAAUCAAAAGGAGACACUCACCCAAAACUACCGUCGCCUCGGACUCACAGCUCGCCUCAACCACUCAACGGGCGGCACCGAAAAGACGAUCAAGUCGCUCGGCCUCAAUGACCCCAAUUCCUCGCGCGCCGACGCCGCAGCGAACAGCACCGCGAACGCGCUCAAUAUCGUCAGUCAGAAGCCGCAAUUAGCCGGAACGGAAGAAGUCGAGGUCGAGCGAGACCCAGAGACCGGCGCAAUCGUACGCAUUGUAGGCGAGGAGAAAGAGGAGAAGGUCAAGGACAACCCACUCAAUGAUCCUCUGAAUGAGCUAGAGGAGAGCGAUGCGGAGGAAUGGAAUGCGUUCGCCAUGGUGCCGAAAGAGGAGAGCGAUAAUCCUGUAAUAAGACAACUUGAAGAGGUGGCUAGAAAUGGAGCUAGGAAAGCGCCGCGAAGCCAGAGCCAGCGAGAAGAAGAAUGGCUAGAGAGGUUGGUGCAGCAAUACGGCGAGGAUUACGGGAGAAUGAGCCGAGAUAUGAAGCUCAAUCCGAUGCAGCAGACAGCAGCGGAUAUUCGGUCACGAAUCAAGAAGUGGAGCGCUUCGAAAGGGAAG